UGAGCUUUGUUCUUCUCCAAACGCGUCUCAAACUUAAGGAUGCUGCAAACUUGAAAGAAUUUUGCAAUUGCAUCGCAUUAGCUUUUUCACCUGCGAAAAUCCCCUCUGGAGACGCUGCAGCUAUGUGACAUGUUGUUCUCCAGUGCACAUUGGUAUCUUGUCAGAGCUGUAAAUAGAGGCAAUGGCAGCUAUUUGGCCAGGUGUCUAACGGGGGUAAGUCAAAAUAUUGGGUUCACCGCGGUUUUAUACUGGAUGUUUUCUCUAUUUUGUCAUAAUCAUUUCACUCAGCUCUAUUAUUUUGACUCUGAUGCUUUCAUUGUUCUAUGUCAUUCGUUAACUCACCAGGGUCCCUCUCCGAGUAUGAGUUGAGAUAUUUCAACUGAAAUUACGUUAACUUUGUGUGAACGUAAAUGACAGCUGUAGUUCUCCUCCCCUAACAUAAAACAAGUUUGCCCAAAAUCUUAUAAUUCAUUUCCCUGCCUGUUACAAUCAUAAUAUUUUGGUGGCCAAUAUGAAAAGACUGAAUUACUUGAAAAUUCCUAUCAGUCUUAAAAACAAGGUUAUCAAGUUGAAUGAUUUGGGAACAAACUGCUCAAGGUUGGAGCAAACUUGUUUUAAGUUAAGGGAUGAAUUCAAAAAAGUGGUCAGGGGCAAGCUUGCAUCUGGGCAAACUUACCAGCUACUUAUCAAUCAGAUGCUUCAACCUUCAGCCACUGCAUACUACUGAUCUGCUUGCCCAGUAAUUGUCAAUAAUUUGUGUGGUCCUUCCAAUCACAAUAUCACAGUGGCAUGUUAAUGAGAGAAGUACCUUUGGUCAGAAUUUGGACAUUACCUUAACUUAAGGAAGAAGAAGUCAUUAAAUGCAAAUUGGUUAUGAAAUAUAAGGGACUAUUCAGUUAUAGUUGUCUGCUGGGUUUUUGGUACACAAUGUUUAGUAGUGUGCCAAUCAUUUUGAACUAACUGACCAAUUAUUGAAUUCUCUCAUUGACCUAUUUGUUCACAAUGUGUGAGAACAAGAACAGAGAAUUGUGUGUGGCCAGAAAGCUUCCAAGCAAAACUGCAGCACUGUUGUUUUCUUCUUUGAUUUUUGCAGGCCUUUUGGAAAUGUGAAUUUUAUGUCAGAAGCAGUGUCUGUGACAAUAAACUGUGAACCCGUUUACAACCUAUCAUUCUCAAAGGGAAGUAGGAGUGGGAGUAGGGUGCAGAUUAGAAAAUAAUGUUCUCACUCUCCUCUGCUCUAAAAUAUAUGCAGUAUUUAACUUGUUAAACAAUUCUUAGGGCACCGUCCAUGCAACAGUGAUAUUCAAUGUACCUGACAAAAACGUAACCAAAAAGAUUGAAGGUAAGAAACUUGUUCUGUUUGGAUUGCAUCCACAUUUAAAGCUACAGUUGAAAUUGCAUAAUAAAAUUGGGCAUUAGAUAUCAUUGUGAAUAAUUUCUCUGUUUUGGUCUUCCCUUAGUUGUACAGAAUGACUUGACAAAGGAAAACGUGGAUGCAAUUGUGAAUGCUGCAAACUCCUGGUUGAAACAUGGUGGAGGAGUAAGUUGUUGAUCAAUUCAUUGUUACUGUAAAUGGGGUAAGUUUCUAAAGAAACUGUGGUGCUGCAUUGGGGGGGGGGAGUGUAACAAGACAAUUUUUGUUUUAUCAACCGAGUUGAUAAUGUAAAUUGGCCACCAUAUAGAGUUUAAAAUCUGCUGUUUGAGCAUUAGCCCUUCAUCAGACCAAAUGAACCAUUGGUUGCAGUAGUUAAGUAAAGAAUGCAGAGAUGAAAGUGGAGGUUAAUUUUACGAAUUCCCUUAAUUCCAAUAUGUAAAAAGUGUUUUCAUAUUAAUGUUACCAAGAUUUCUUGAAUGUUUGAAAAUGGUCUAAAAUGUGUUUUUUCUAUUCUGACAGCCUCCAAAGGCUACAGGUUUGGAACUAGAGACUCCGCCUGGACAUCUGUAGAUAUAAUUUCAUUAAUUCCCACUUCUCCACUCCCUCCACCUCCCCUCAGGCCUUAAAUAAGCUAUGUCACUCCCACUUUACCCAGAAUUCAUUUAGCCAUACAGUUUGUAAAACUACUGUAAUUCACUUCUUAAUGAUAAGUGUCAAUGACCCUCUCAUUGUGCCAGGUAGCUGGAGCAAUUGUUAAAAAUGGUGGAGAUCAAAUUCAAAACGAAAGUGAUGAAUAUGUAGCUAAAUAUGGUCCCAUAAAGACCGGAGGGAUUGCUGUUACCAGACCUGGAAGUCUUCCAUGUAGUAUUUUAAUCCAUGCAGUAGGUAAGUUCAGUUGUAUACAUAUGUUUAAAUAUGUAUUGCUUUUUCCCGUCUCCAUUUUCUUUAUCAUGUUGUAAUUAUUCAAAGGUUAUGAUUUUUGAAAUGGAGGGAAGAAAAAUAAAAAGAUAAAUAAACAAGUAAUUAAAAAGUUUAGUUGUAUGCUUGGAAUGGAGUGUUGAUUUAUUUAUUUCAAGUUAAGGUGAGUUCAAAACAGUGGGAUUAUAUGUAAACACCAACUCUAUGUUUAAGUAAUGCUUUCAAAAUUUCAUUCAUUCCCUUGAGAAAGGUGUGAAAGAAAUUCCCCUUAAACUUAAAGACACCUUCUUUGAAACUGUUUGGGGUCGAUUUUACACUAUAAAAUAGGUUUAAACUGUAGAUUGCAAAUCGUAAAUUUAAAUCUGCUUAAAAUGAAUUUUUGUGUUCAAAGAAUGCUGUGUAAUCAAAAUAUGACAACAGGAAACUCACUGGAAAAACUAUUACAUUCUUAAAACUUGCUUUAGACCUUGCGUUCAAUGUAAACGAAAAUGUCUUUUUAAGUUACUGUCGGUUACGGAUCCUUGGGUCUCCAUUACCACUGGGAGAACCCUCGUUCUAGUUUUCUUUAUUGUGAAGUUCUCCUACAAGGUCCUGAUAGUUGCUAACCUUCUGCGCUUCUUUUGCUCAUAUCCCCGAGUCGACGGCUGAGACUGUGACGUGACGUACUUGACAGGUCUGCGCAAUUUUUUUUUUUUUUCAACCGCCGGAUUAUUAUCAUCAUCAUUGUUAUCAAAUGUUAUAAGUGUUUUUAUACUUCGUUAUCAUUCUUGAUUGAUACUGUUAUCAUUUUUUUUCUUAUUUUUAGGUCCGGUUUGGAUGGGAGGGCAAAAAGAUGAAGACAGCAGUCUUCACUCAGCCAUGUACAACUCUUUGUCCGAGUGUCAUUCAAGGCUUCUGAGCAGUGUAGCUGUCCCCGCCAUUAGUAGCGGUAUUUUUGGAUUUCCUAAGGCACGAUGCGCGAAGAUUCUGUUCUCGGCUGUGUUGGAAUUCUUCCGCGCUGAGCCCAAGAGCUCUGUUAAUCUCGUGCGUCUUACAAACUUUGAUAAACCAACUGUAGAAAUUUUUAAGGACGCUGCAGCUGAUUUAAACGAAGAACCCGAUAUAAGAGUGGAGCUAGGCCAAGCGUCGUGAAAUUUAGUUCUUUUUAAUAACUCUACGCUUAACUUCAAAGCAAACCAUAUUUAACAAUUACUCACCAAAGUGGAGAUAAAUAUCCACCACUUUCACCGACACUUUGGUGAAUAAAUUUUUUAGUGUAAACCACGCUGAUACCAAAAACUUAGUUUAUUUCUUUCAAUAUACCGUAAAAUGGUGAGAAAUUAAUUACGGGCAUGAGGCGUCAAGUACAACUUCUCGCUCGUGCAAUUCUAUGUCGCCAUUUUUGCGUCUUUUUUCUAAGUAUUUGCGAAACCAAAAGUUUCGCUGCGUUGAAAAGAGGACAAUUCUGCUUUUUUCUCAUGAGCCUAGAAAUAGUUGGAUCGUAAAUCCGUGGUGUAAAAAUGUCAUUUAGUUUCGUAUGUUUUUAUGUUCAUAAGGCUGCAGUUGUUGAACUCAAAUUUGAGAGAUACGUGCCAUACGUUUUUUUGGGUAAAAGUUUCGCAUGUUCACGCGUACUUACGAACUUUAAAUUGGUUAGUAGGGAGACUGAAAUGCACGGGGUGGUUUCGGAAGUUGGUGUGAUGUAUUUUUGCAUGCGCUUUCUAAUUUUUCAAAUUGCCAUAUUUUAUUGGCAUACUUCAGGGUUUCGUGGGCGCUCAGUAAAUACUUAUUUUUUAGAUACUUCCCCUCAGGUCUCGCCCACGUUGGGCAGGUGUUCAGGAAGACAUGUGAGUCGGUAUAAAGAAAGAUACCAAGAGAUUAAAAAGCGAAAUUGGAAAAUGUUUCACGGAACAAACCAAAAUUUUCUUUCUAACCAUGAAUAAUUUUGUGUCGCUUUUUACUCUACUUCAUUUCGUUCUUUUUUGCUCCUUCAAUUUAAGGGCCCUACAGUUUUGUUUUUGUCCAUGUAGGCGUAGGGAAAAAUUAAUUUCAGCUUUAUUGAUAUACUAAUCAUUUAGGCUUUAUGAACGUCCUCGAUGAAAGAACUGUAUUAUUACAAACUGUCAGUAGCUUCUAUCCAUAUGUUUAUUUUCAAUUCUUCGAAGGUUGGAGAGUCUCUUAAAUUGUGCUCCCUUUAAGUAGAGCGCGUUAUCGCAAAAAAUUGUGAUACGGGUGAUCGUAAAUAUCCAUCUUGUCCAUUACGGUGACUAAGAUAGACUAAACCAUUUUUGCCUGGCAAAGUUGCAAAUUAUUCAAUUCGCAAAAUACCAUCGAUUUGGCUUGAGUGUAACAGCCAAACGAUUGCCACAAUAUAUUUAUUCAUUCUUUCAUUUAGAGUAAUCUUCCCCAAUAUAGUUAAAUUACCUCGUUUGAUGAAAAGGUACAAUAAUACUGACAUUUUUGUCGUAAAAAUUGCAAGAAAAAGGAGAUAAAUCUUACUGCAUUUAGCAUUUGCCAGCAAGUAAAAAUCAGCCAGCAGCAACGUUAUCUUUUUCGUUGGGCUUGUAUCCUAGUUUAUUUUCAAACAUUUUGUUUUGUAUGGAACAAGGCUAGGCUGUUGAUGUUUAGGUAUCUAAAGGUCGUAACUGGACGUUGUAAAAAUUUUUUCCUGCACAGCUUUAAAACCUAGGGUUAAUGCCUCGUUUUUUUUAUCUUAAAGAUCGUAGAAAAGUGAAUUGAAAUGUCUUCUGCUUUAGCAAAAUGCGUGUUUGCUAGAUUGUUCCCACAUAUAUUGUUAUGGAAAUGAAAGAGAUAUGACAGACACUGCAACAAAGUGUCACUUUUCGGUUGUAUUUUUGCCAGUCAUUUUGACUAAAACACCCGACAAAUCUGAUUAAAAAGGAGACUUCGGAGAAAGGUUUCAAAAGUUGAGUUCUUUCAAUAAAACUAAUCGUUUUUAAAAUGCUUCGUUUCUAGUGUGG